AUGACACUGGGAAAUUUUGAACAGAAUAGAUGUAGCUGUGUUUCUUGUUGUUGUUUUUUAAGUUUUCUGUCAACUUUUCAUAUUUUUCAGCUGAAAGAAUAUGAAAUCAUUGGCAGGGCUCUGCCAUCUGAAAAGAAUCCGUCCCCUCCCCUCUACAAAAUGAGGAUUUUUGGGCCUGAUGAGGUUGUAGCCAAAUCAAAAUACUGGUAUUUUGUUGCCAAGUUGAAGAAAAUCAAGAAGUCGCAUGGAGAAGUUGUUUCCUGCAAACAGGUUUUUGAGAAGAAACCUCUGAGGAUCAAGAACUUUGGUGUUUGGCUGCGUUAUGACUCUCGCAGUGGAACUCACAACAUGUACAGGGAGUACCGUGACUUGACUGUGGCUAGUGCUGUCACGUCCUGUUAUCGGGAUAUGGCUGCUCGUCACCGAGCUCGAGGGUCAAGCAUUCAGAUCAUGAAGGUUGAUGUGAUUCCAGCCAGCAAGUGCAGGCGACCACACGUGAAGCAGCUGCACAAUUCAAAGAUCAGGUUUCCCCUGCCGCAUCGUAUCAUCAAGUCCCAUUACAAGUCCAAGUUUGUGGCCAAGCGUCCUAAUACGCACUUUUAAAAGUGAUGAAAAAUGACACUGGGAAGCAUAAAAUAAAAUUGAUCUCAUAACACCAUA